AUGGCGACAAAAACACAAUUAGAGUUAUUCACAACAUUAGUUUCGAAUGAUAAAAACACAAGACUUAAAGCUGCAAAGGAAUUGAUUGAUUCUAUAGCUACUGAAGAGGAAUUGAAAUAUGCAUUGAAUCGGUUGACCAAGGGUGUUUCUAGUGGUCGCGAAAGUGCCCGUCUUGGUUUUUCUGUUGCUCUUACUGAGGUCAUUACCCGCAAAGAAGAAAUAACUGCUCAGCAAGUAUUAGAGUUACUCGUAAAGCAUAACACUGUCACUGGAAACUUGAAAGGACAAGAAGAGCGCGAUUAUUAUUUUGGUUUAUUGUUUGGUUUACAAACCAUUUCAUUUUCGUCUGUUCUUCAACGUCAGUCCUCUUCUAAAGAUGACUUCCAAAGAAUGGCGGAUCUACUCCUCCAAUUGUCUGAAAAAAAAAGUUGGCUUAGAGAUACUUGUUUUCUUGUAUUAUAUGAUUUAGUGAAACAGAUUCCAGUUUUACCAUACGCUUCUGAGGCCUAUGAUAUUGUCGAUAAGCUUUUACAAACAACGGCUGUCUCAAAAUCCUCUGAAGGCAUUGGCUUAUACCUUUGUAUGCUUCAUUUACCAGAAAAUGUCAAAUCCCAUCCUACCUCCAUGUCUGGUUGGGAUCCUAUUUAUCCUUUGCACAAAUCAAAUCUUGUAACUCUUUCGAAAGUUUUGAGACAAGUCGAAGUACAAGAGAUGGGUGGUCAACAUAGUGCUUGGAAACAAAAACUUCCCUAUGUUUGGCGCUUCUUAUUCAAUGAAUACAAGUAUAACUCCAAUGAACAAUUAGCUCCAUUCGAAAACUUUUGGAACGUUGUUGUAGACGAAGGGGUUUUUGCUUCGACUUCUUCUUUGGAGCGUAAAUUCUGGGGAUUCCAAAUUAUAGAGUUAGCUCUGGACUACGCUACUAGCUCUACCGUAGGCACUUUGUUUUCUAGAAAUUUUAUGCAUUGUUUCAUAAACCAUUUAAGUGACGAAGGGCGCUAUCUUUAUCGCGCUGCAAGACGAGUUGUUUCCAAGAUUGAAAAGGUUUGCAAAAACGAUUCUUCUCUUGUAUACCCCAUUGCUCUUCAUCUCUUGGGAGAACGUGGCUCUCUUAACUUUGAUCGCCUUACCAACACUAAAGUGGUAGAGCAUAUUCUUCCUCUGGCUACUGACGAAGGAAUCCUUUCUCUUUUUGACUUGCUUUUGGGAUUUAUCAAGCAUUGUCCUAAAGACAUGGCUUCUGAAGCGAAGGCUGUGGAAGGAAGACGCCAAUGGGUCACUGACACUAUGCUUAAUAUUUUACGUAGUAACCGUUCUGUAAAGCACAGUGUCUGGGUUAGCGAACUUCUUAACAUUUUUAUUACAUAUGGUUAUUUUGAAAUUCCUGAAAAUGAGGCUAGCCCUAAAAUUUCGGAAGCUACCCAAAAUAUGUUUCGCCUGCGUUUGAUGUCGGCACUAAGCUAUUUGAGCUCCAGUGCAUUUGAGGUCUCCAAGGAGGACGAUGAUCUUAAUAAAAAGAACUGGCCUUUUACUGCUUUGCAAAGUUUGCUUGAUCACAUAAAGGAUAAAAACAUGGUUUUAAUUGUUCAAAUGGAUGAAUCAGUAAAUGGAAUAUUAGAGAAGUCAUUAUCAGUGCUUCAAAAAGUCACCAAAAAGAUCAAUAAACAGGGUGAUCAUUUGCAACAGUUACAGGCUUUUCAAUUACUUUACUCUUUAGUACUCUUACAAGUUUACGCUGGCGAUACAGAUUCAAUUGAGGUUCUGGAGGAUCUUGAUAACUGCUAUUACAGGGUUUUCAGUAAAAAAUCUAAACAAAAAUCAUCCACUGGCGAACCAACUUCUAUGGAGAUUUUGACAGAAGUUAUGCUGUCCCUUCUAUCCCGUCCCUCUCAUCUACUUCGAAGACUCGUGGAUAUGCUUUUCGUCUCUUUUUCACAGGACAUGGAUCGCGGUAGUAUUCGUCUGGUUUGUGAUGUGUUGACAACAAAAGAAAAUGCAAAAGACAAGGAGGGAAUGUUUGCUGAAGAAGGCGAAGAUGGAGAGGAAGAAGUAGAAGAAGAAGAAGGAAUGGAUGAGGAUGAGGACGGAUUCCAAGAAAUAGAAACGGAUGAAGCUGAAGGUAGUGAUUGGGAAAUGGUCUCCAACCGAGGUUCUGACGAUGAAGAGCUUGAACGUAAAUUGGAUAAGGUGUUAGAAGAUGCAGAUGCUAAAGCCAAUGACGGUGAAAGUUCUGAAGAAGAACUAAUGAAUGAUGAGCAAAUGCUUGCUUUGGAUGACAAGUUAGCAGAAGUUUUCCGUGAGAAGAAGAAGGCUUCGAACAAAGAAAAGAAAAAGGGAGAGGAAGAAACAAAAUUACAAAUUGUUCAAUUUAAGGUCAAGGUUAUCGACUUGAUUGACAACUUUUACAAAGCACAACCUCAUAAUGGAUUAGGAUUUGAAUUUAUUCUUCCUAUGCUAGAAAUGGUUACAAAGACGAAACAUAAAAUGUUGGAAGAGAAGGGAAUUGCUGUUUUCCGUAACCGAUUAAACAAGUUGCGUUGGACAGAAGAAGUACCUGAGUCAAAGAACGUAAUUGAUGCUCUGAAAAGAGUCCAUCAACUGUGCGGCAAGAAGGCCAAUCUUGGAGCGACUGGUUCUAGCAUAUCUCAAUUAUUCUUGCGAUUGCUGGCUGACAGACCAGAAUUAAAUGAGGGUUUUGAAGUUUACAUGUCAACGUUCGCAAGCUGGAUUCAAAACCCAGCUAAGAGCCACUUCAGUGCUAAUAUAUUCCAUGAUUUCGUCAACUGGGGUGCUCAGCAACGUUUGAAACAUCAGCAACAGUCGACGGUGUCUUCUCAGGCGAAGUCGUCUUUGGACUCGACCGAUAGGGACAAGGAAAAUGGAAAGCGAAAUCAUUAA